UAAAUAUUCUUUUCUCGUCCGGAUCGACGUAACGAAAUUAUAUGAGAGUAUGGCUUCAAGGUUCCACGUUGACCCCACCUUUACUGGCUAUGGGAAAAGCGGCGUGCGUCUUCUGAAGAUCAAACGCAGUGGAAAGUACCAUGACAUCAAGCAGAUAGAGGUGGCAACAGAGUUAAAGUUAGCAAACUACCAGGAUUAUAUUACUGGAAACAACACUAGUGUAAUCCCGACGGAUACACAGAAAAACACCGUCUACGCUUUGGCUAAAGAUCACCCGGUUAAUGAUAUUGAGGAAUUUGCACUCCAUAUUUGCAAUCAUUUUCUGUCAACUCAUAAACAGGUUGAUCACAUAUCUGUAACAAUUGAUGAAAGCCCUUGGAAACGUAUUCAACAGGGAGGUGUCGACCAUGCUCAUGCCUUUGUGUUAAAUCCAGAAGUGAUAAGAUUUUGCUCAGUUACACAAGCAAGAGGAGAGAAUCCAAAGGUGUCUGGUGGUCUUAAAGAAAUGCAAAUUCUCAAGACAACACAGUCAGGAUUCACAGGCUUUUGCAAAGACAAGUACACCAUUUUGCCGGAAUCUACAGAUCGUUCCUUCUGUACCAAAGUGACCUGCCGAUACCAGUUUGAUACCACAAGGGGUGUGGACUUCAGUUCAUGUUGGAAUUUUGCCAAGAACACAAUUCUGGAGGAGUUUGCCGGACCACCCCACUUUGGUGUCUACUCACCCUCUGUACAGAACACUUUGUACAAAGCUGAAACGAAGAUUUUGAAGAGCAUUCCACAGAUUGGUUAUGUGGAGAUGGUGAUGCCGAACAUUCAUUACUUCACCGUUAACAUGGCGCCAUUUGGAAUGUCCAACAAAGAUGAGAUUUUGAUGUCCACUGACAAACCAGCUGGGCUCAUAAAGGCAGCGCUAUCAAGGAAACCCACGGCAAAGCUGUAAAAUCUAGUCACUGCUAAACUUUGACCUGUAUAGGGAGGGGACAUGAUAAUUAGCUGACUGCUCUGUACGACCCUCGUGCAUUUCAUUUCAAAGUGAAUGAAAUAAUUGAAUUGUAUCUUAAUAAUAAAGUAGCUAACAUGCCUGACUGUAAUGAUAUUUCAAGACGAAGUUCGAUAUCGAUCUCUGUUAGAUCAGAAAUAUAAUGCAAAUGAGGAUUUCAUGAAACUUGGCUUUUUAUCAAACUGUGUGAAAUUCUUAACUCAGUGAAGAAAUAAUAAAGAAGUUAAUUUUUUAUCGUA